AUUUCCCCAGGGAUAAAAAACGUAUUUCUGAUUCGCAUUCUAAAAAAGUGAAAUUAUGAUAAAUGUAGUUUAGUCUAAUAUGUGAAGGAGUACUAAUGAAAUGCUAUUUACAUUUUUUGUUUCUUAAAUGUCAUGAUGGUAUCCUCACAUGACAGUGUUGUUCUGGGAAAUGGAAACUUAUGGAAAUAUAUCCAACCUCACCAAACCUGCUCACAGGUUAUACAAACACUUUGCUUUGAGAUCAGUUGAAGUCUCACACCUGAUAGAGAAGGCAGACGCUCAUUCCAAAAGCCUGGAGAUGGAAAGACUUUGUGAGGCAUACUUUAAUGCCACAGGAGGUGCAGGGACUAAGGAUCUGAAUCCUGACAUUUUGUCCCAAGUGGGUUACACCUCAUUGGAUGAGAUACUACAAGUUAUUUUUGGAGAAAUUAAGUCGGGAUCAUUCUGGAUUCUGUGGGCACUUUUGAAGGCAAUCUUGAGUUCACUCUUGGGUGGAGGAUGGUUUUGGGGCGCAGCUGGAGGUGCAGCCACUGUGAUGGCGACUCCUGUUAUUCUGGGCCUCUUAGGUUUCACUUCAGGUGGAAUAGCAGCCGGCUCCAUUGCUGCCAAUCUAAUGUCGAUGGCUGCAACGGCUAAUGGAGGAGGCGUUGCAGCAGGAAGUAUAGUGGCAAUCUUGCAGUCACUUGGGGCUACAGGUGCUGGUUUGGGUGGAGCUGCGGCUGGAGCUGUGACUGGAGAACUUAUUGCAUGGAUGCUGUCAACCAUCUGUCACCAGAUCUAAUAAAGUUUUACAGCAUGGAUAUGGAACCCUUGGGCGUGGAGUGCUUAGUUAAGGACUGUUGACUAUGUGCUGACGUUAUUAAAUAUGUGUCUAGGCUGCUUUACCAACUGUUACAAGUCUCUGCUGGGAUCUUUGUUGAUGUGGUGGUAUUCCAUAUUUAUUUAAAGUGUGUUGCUUAUUUUAAAGGGCAGUUUUUGAACUGUGUCAGCCAUCGUUACGGUUUUUUUAAUGAGAUACAUAUUGGGUAGCUUACUGAUUUAUCGUGUAUUUUGUGGGUGUAUAAUGAGUAAAGCCAAUGUGAUAAAACACAGUUCUGAGUGGCAUAUACAUAUGACGCCACAGGUUAAUGUCCUAACGGUUCAGCUCCCCCUCACAGAACUUUCUUUAAUCAAACAAACACAGAACUGUGGUAACUGUCGUUACGCAAUGUUUAACAUUUAGAAAAAGCCAGAAAUCUAGAUGAAGUCACAGGCUCUGACCUGAAUUUCAAAUGUCACAUUAAAACAAUUACUAAGUCAGCCUACUAUUACCUUAAAAAUACAGUAUAUCUAGGAUUAAAGGACUAAUGUCACAGCAGGAUUUAGAAAAACUUGUCCAUGCAUUUAUCUUUAGUAGACUCGGAUACUGUAACUGUGUAUUUACAGGUCUCACUAAAAAUAUAUUAGACGGCUGCAGCUGAUUCACAAUGCUGCUGCUCGAGUCCUCACUAAUAGUGAAAAGUGGAUCACAUCAUUCCAGUUCUGAGGUCUUUACACUAGCUUUCUGUUUGUCAAAGAAUUUAUUUCAAAAUGAUGCUACAGGUUUAUAAAGCAUUGAAUGGUUUAGGUCCAAAAUACAUCUCUGAUCUCCUGCUAAAUGAUGAACCAUCCAGAACGCUCAGGUCUUCUGGGACGGGCCUGCUUUCUGUCCCCAGUCAGAACAUGGAGAAACAGCAUCCAGUUAUGUCAUUUUAAAAUGUGUUUCUGCUGCACUAUUUUAAUUUUGAAUUGCCUUGUGUUGAAAAGGAGCUAUAUAAAUAAAGCUGCCUUGCCUCAUCAGAUAAAUAACAUCUUACAGCUUGGUUUAAAAGCCCCUAACUUAACUGUGGCCAGAAAAAAAGGUUAAUAAACCAGUGAACAUUUGUAUUCCUUUCUCGUGAACAUUAUAAUAAAUGGAAAGAAGCACAGGCACACUGAACUUAUGUUUAGAAGACCAAUGUAUUUAACAAAACAUUUUUUAUGAGAUGACAACAUGCUUUUUAGUCAGUGAAAGUGCUGUAUAUUGCAGUUGCCUUCUUCAUUUGGCCAAGUACAGAUAUUCAUCCUGUUCUUCGAUGAUUUCUCAGAUGAGGAUUGCAGCCAGCCAUCCAACCGCUGCUCCGACGCCAGCCGCACCUGCAGAGGCAGCUGCUGGCAGACCUGCUGCACCUACAGCAAGGAUUAAAGGUUUAAUAUCAACGUAUGCAGAAACUGAGAACUGAUAUUACCAUAUUAUCAUAAGGAGACAACAGGCAAACCACAAGUUUAAAUUUGAAAAAUAAAAAUUAAGUAAUGAUCACGUUACUUAUCUGUAUAUAUAUAUAUAUAUAUAUAUAUAUAUAUAUAUAUAUAUAUAUAUAUUUGUUUUUAGAAUUUUAGAAAUGUUUAUUUUAAAUCGAGAGUAUCCUGACUGGCUGCAUCACCGCCUGGUAUGGCAGUUGCACCGCCCUCAACCGUAAGACUCUACAGAGGGUGGUGAAAACUGCUCAGCACAUCACCAGGACGGAGUUGCCAUCCAUGGAGGACCUCUACACCCAGCGGUGUAGGAAGAAGGCCGGUAGGAUAUUAAAGGACCCCCAUCACCCCAGCAACAAUCUGUUCUGUCUGCUGCCGUCUGGCAGACGGUACCGCAGCAUCCGGACCAAGACCACCAGACUCAGAGACAGUUUCAUACCACAGGCUAUAAGACUACUGAACUCCUGAGCUGUGUGAAUGUCUACUCACAUCUGUUUAUAGUACACACAUACAUAUAUAUUAUACACAUCUGCCAUACAUAUCUGUUUAUAGUACACAUAUCUAUAUAUUAUACAUAUCUGUUUAUAGUACACAUAUCUAUAUAUUAUACAUAUCUGCCAUAUACAUCUGUUAUACAUAAUAUAUGCAUCUGUCCAUACCUCCUCAUUCAACAGUGUAAAGUAUUUAAAUACUCUCAAUGUAUUCCACAUAUAUAUAUUUCACCUCCUCAAAUCUGUAUUGUUGAUAUUGUAAAUAUUCUUCUCUCUUUUUUACUAUUUUAUUUAUCUUUUGCACCAUGUAUGUUGAGUUGUUGGAGGAGCACGCGACAUAAGAUUUUCAUUGCCAACAUAUACGCUGUAUCUGCUGUGCAUAUGACAAAUAAAAACCUUGAAACCUUGAAA